AUGCGGAGUUUCCACUACAACCGGAAGUUCUACUACAAACGGAGGUUCAACAACAACCAGACUAUCCACAACAACCGGAGGUUCCACAAGCACCGAAGGCCCCAUGACAACCGGAGGUUCCACAACAACCGCAGGCCCAACAACAACCGGAGGUUCCACUACAACCGGAGGUUCCACAACAGCCGGAGGUUUCCUAACAACCAGAGUUUCCUCUACAAUUGGAGGUUCCACAACAACCGGAGGAUCCACAACAACUGGAGGUUCCACAACAACCGCAGGCCCAACAACAACCGGAGGUUCCACUACAACCGGAGGUUUCCUAACAACCAAAGUUUCCUCUACAAUUGGAGGUUCCAUAACCACCACUGGCCCCAUGACAACCGGAGGUUCAACAACAACCGGAGGCCCCAUGACAACCGGAGGUUCCACAACAACCGGAGGUUCCACAACAACCGCAGGCCCAACAACAACCGGAGGUUCCACAACAACCGGAGGUUCCUCUACAAUUGGAGGUUCCACAACCACCGCUGGCCCCAUGACAACCAGAGGUUCAACAACAACCGGAGGUUCAACAACAACUGGAGGUUCAACAACAACCGGAGGCCCAACAACAACCGGAGGUUCCACAAGCACCGAAGGUCCCAUGACAACCGGAGGUUCCACAACAACCGGAGCUUCCACUACAACCGGAAGUUCCACUGCAAACGGAGGUUCUACAACAGCCGGAGGCUCCACAACAAUCGGAGGUUUCGCAACCACCGCAGGCCUCAUGACAACCGGAGGUUCCACAACAACCAGAGGUUCCACAACAACAGGAGGUUCCGCGACCACCGCAGGCCCGAUGACAACCGGAGGUUCCACAACAACCGGAGGUUCCAUAACAACCGCAGGCCAAACAACAACCGGAGGUUCCGCAACAACCGGAGGCCCCAUGACAACCGGAGGUUCCAUAACAGCCGGAGGUUUCCUAACAACCGCAGGCCCAACAACAACCGGAGGUUCCACAACAACCGGAGUUUCCACUAUAAACGGAAGUUCCAUUACAACCGGAGGUUCCACAACAACCAGAGGUUCCAUAACAACCGCAGGCCAAACAACAACCGGAGGUUCCACUACAACUGGAGGUACCGCGACCACCGCAGGCCCCAUGACAACCGGAGGCUCCACAACAACCGGAGGUUCCAUAACAACCGCAGGCAAAACAACAACCGGAGGUUCCGCAACAGCCGGAGGCCCCAUGACAACCGGAGGUUCCACAACAGCCGGAGGUUUCCUAACAACCAGAGUUUCCUCUACAAUUGGAGGUUCCACAACAACCGGAGGAUCCACAACAACUGGAGGUUCCACAACAACCGCAGGCCCAACAACAACCGGAAGUUCCACUACAACCGGAGGUUUCCUAACAACCAGAGUUUCCUCUACAAUUGGAGGUUCCAUAACCACCACUGGCCCCAUGACAACCGGAGGUUCAACAACAACCGGUGGUUCAACAACAACCGGAGGUUCCACAACAACCGGAGGUUCCACUAUAAACGGAAGUUUCACUACAACCGGAGGUUCCACAACAACCGGAGGUUCCACAAACACCGAAGGCCCCAUGACAACCGGAGGUUCCACAACAACCGGAGGUUCCACAACAACCGCAGGCCCAACAACAACCGGAGGUUCCACAACAACCGGAGGUUCCUCUACAAUUGGAGGUUCCACAACCACCGCUGGCCCCAUGACAACCAGAGGUUCAACAACAACCGGAGGCCCAACAACAACCGGAGGUUCCACAAGCACCGAAGGACCCAUGACAACCGGAGGUUCCACAACAACCGGAGCUUCCACUACAACCGGAAGUUCCACUGCAAACGGAGGUUCUACAACAGCCGGAGGCUCCACAACAAUCGGAGGUUUCGCAACCACCGCAGGCCUCAUGACAACCGGAGGUUCCACAACAACCAGAGGUUCCACAACAACAGGAGGUUCCGCGACCACCGCAGGCCCCAUGACAACCGGAGGUUCCACAACAACCGGAGGUUCCAUAACAACCGCAGGCCAAACAACAACCGGAGGUUCCGCAACAACCGGAGGCCCCAUGACAACCGGAGGUUCCACAACAGCCGGAGGUUACCUAACAACCGCAGGCCCAACAACAACCGGAGGUUCCACAACAACCGGAGUUUCCACUAUAAACGGAAGUUCCACUACAACCGAAGGUUCCACAACAACCAGAGGUUCCAUAACAACCGCAGGCCAAACAACAACCGGAGGUUCCACUACAAUUGGAGGUUCCGCGACCACCGCAGGCCCCAUGACAACCGGAGGUUCCACAACAACCGGAGGUUCCAUAACAACCGCAGGCCAAACAACAACCGGAGGUUCCGCAACAACCGGAGGCCCCAUGACAACCGGAGGUUCCACAACAGCUGGAGGUUUCCUAACAACCGCAGGCCCAACAACAACCGGAGGUUCCACAACAACCGGAGUUUCCACUAUAAACGGAAGUUCCACUACAACCGGAGGUUCCACAACAACCAGAGGUUCCAUAACAACCGCAGGCCAAACAACAACCGCAGGUUCCACUACAACCGGAAGUUCCACUACAACUUUCUCUGUCCGUCACUCUGCCUACCUGUCGCCAAACCCCUGCCUGCCUGA